GUUUGUGCCAACGCCUAACUUGUUUUGCAGAAACAGGAUCUGUGGCAGAAGCCUCCUCUGCCCUGCAGCCCCAAACGCCACAACUUUCAGUCCUUGGAAGAUCUCGACUUCCAAGAACCAGCAUGCCAGGGCACCUGCUGCAAGAAGAGAUGAUGCCUUCGUACACAACCACCACCACCAUCACAGCACCUCCCUCCGGAAGCCUGCAGAAUGGACGAGAGAAGGUGAAGACGAUGCCCCUCUACCUGGAAGAAGACAUCCGUCCUGAAAUGAAAGAAGACAUAUACGACCCCACCUAUCAGGAUGAGGAGGGGCCCCCGCCCAAGCUGGAGUAUGUCUGGAGGAACAUCAUCCUCAUGGCUCUGCUGCAUGUGGGAGCCCUGUACGGGAUCAUACUGGUUCCCUCCUGCAAGGUCUACACCUGCCUCUUCGCAUUUGUCUACUAUGUGAUCAGUAUUGAGGGCAUUGGGGCCGGAGUCCAUCGCCUGUGGAGCCACAGAACGUACAAGGCGCGAUUGCCCCUGCGGAUCUUCCUCAUCAUUGCCAACACCAUGGCGUUCCAGAAUGACGUGUAUGAAUGGGCCCGAGAUCACCGCGCCCACCACAAGUUCUCAGAAACACACGCUGACCCUCACAAUUCCCGCCGUGGCUUCUUCUUCUCUCACGUGGGUUGGCUGCUUGUGCGCAAACACCCGGCUGUCAAAGAGAAGGGCGGAAAACUGGACAUGUCUGACCUAAAGGCCGAGAAGCUGGUGAUGUUCCAGAGGAGGUACUACAAGCUUGGCAUUCUGCUGAUGUGCUUCAUCCUGCCCACGCUGGUGCCCUGGUACUGCUGGGGCGAGACUUUUCUACACAGUUUUUAUGUUGCCACUUUACUGAGAUACGCUGUGGUGCUCAACGCCACUUGGCUGGUGAACAGUGCCGCCCACCUCUACGGGUAUCGCCCCUACGACAAGAACAUCGAUCCCCGGCAGAAUGCCCUGGUUUCCUUGGGAACUAUGGGCGAGGGCUUUCACAACUACCACCACGCCUUCCCCUACGACUACUCUGCCAGUGAGUACCGCUGGCACAUCAACUUCACCACGUUCUUCAUCGACUGCAUGGCUGCCCUGGGUUUGGCUUAUGACCGGAAGAAAGUUUCUAAGGCCGCUGUCUUAGCCAGGAUUAAGAGAACUGGAGAUGGGAGUCACAAGAGUGGUUGAAUUUGGAGUCAUUCUGUUCCAAAAGCCAGCUGGACAGGGGUUUAAUAAUGUUUUUUAAAUAUUGAAAAGAAGCACCCAUAUUGUACAGAAUCCCACUUCAAGACAAUAUUCUUGUAGAAUAUUCAAAUAUUAAAAGGCCAAAACUUUCUUUUAUGAUGCUAAGCAGAAAUUCUCCUGUCCUUAGUCUUGUGUUCGAGGGACCUUUUUACUGCUUAAUCCUUAUUACUUUACUGCCUUUCCAGGGGAGCUGCAGGCACGCAAUAGGUUGGACUAGACCUUUGAAAACACAGCAAAUGUUUUAAAUUACAGAACCCCACCGAGAGUACUCUUUCCUUGAUCUCUCUUGAGCUUCAAGGGAGGUGUCUCGAGCUAAAUCCAACCAGAUCUUCCUGGAUGUUUUCUGUUAAUUCCCAUCAGGCCACAG